AUGUCUAUUCCAGAAUCAUUGCUUCCCUUUAAAACUACCAAAUUAUUCCAUCAAACUUGGGCUGGAACUUUCUAUUGUCAACCUCAAGCUAUUUUUCAACCCACUAAUUUAGAUGAAAUCAAAGAAUUAAUCAAUCAAGCCAGAAUUAAUCGUAAAACAAUUAUGACUGUUGGUUCUGGUCAUUCUCCUAGUGAUUUAACCAUGACUAAUGAAUGGUUAUGUAAUUUAGAUAAAUUCAAUCAUGUGUUAAAUGAAGAAGAAUUUAAAGUUGAUAAUGAAGUUAAAUUCGUUGAUUUAACAGUGGAAGCAGGAAUUAGAAUCUUUGAAUUGAAUAAAUAUCUUAAAUCUCAUCAAUUGGCUAUUCAAAAUUUAGGUUCAAUAAGUGAUCAAUCCAUCGCAGGAUUGAUUUCAACCGGUACUCAUGGUUCAACUCAAUAUCAUGGGUUAGUAAGUCAACAAAUUGUUUCUAUCCAAUUUUUAAAUUCUAAAGCUGAAUUAAUCAAUUGUUCAUCCAUCGAAAACCCAGAUCAUUUCAGAGCUAUCUUAUUAUCAUUAGGGAAAAUUGGAAUCAUAACUCAAGUAACAUUAAGAACUUGUCCUGCCUAUACCAUCAAAUCCAAACAAGAAAUCAUUAAAUUUACUACUUUAUUAAAUAAUUGGGAUAAUAUUUGGUUAGAUUCUGAAUUCAUUAGAAUUUGGUGGUUCCCUUAUAGUGGGAAUUGUGUCUUAUGGAGAGCUUCAAAAUCAAUUGAACCAUUGAAUGAUCCUAGACCAAGUUGGUAUGGAACUAAAUUCGGAAGAUUCUUCUAUGAAUCACUUUUAUUCAUCUCCGUUCAUUUAAUCCCUAGUUUAACUCCUUGGAUUGAACAAUUUGUUUUCGCUCAACAAUAUGGAAAAGUUGAAACGUUAGGUAAGGGAGAUAUCGCUGUCCAAAAUUCAGUAGAAGGAUUAAAUAUGGAUUGUUUAUUCAGUCAAUUUGUUAAUGAAUGGUCAACCCCAUUAAUCCAUGGUAUUGAUGUAUUAACUAAAUUAAAUAAUGAAAUCAAAGCCGCUGAAGCUGAACAUAGAUAUUACGUUCAUGCUCCAAUCGAAGUAAGAUGUUCCAAUAUGACUUAUUCUGAACAACCAUUUAUUGAUGAUGAAACUGGAAACGCUUCAUUAUAUCCAUCUCAAUCAUGGUUAUCAAACCGUACUAAGACAAGUGCAGGUCCAAUCAAGGGGAAUAAUCUUCGUCCUUAUUUAGAUAAUUCUCCUGAUACUCCAUAUUCUGAUUCUGAAACCGUUACUAAUGAUCAAUUAACUCUUUUCAUAAAUGCUACCAUGUACAGACCUUUCGGUACCAAUGUCAAAACUCAUGAAUGGUUUCAAAUCUUUGAGAAUAUCUUAUUGGAAUCAGGUGGAAAACCUCAUUGGGCUAAGAAUUUCAUUGGAUUAUCUGAUAUCCUGAAUGAACAUAAAGAUAAUGUUGAUGGAAAUGAUUUACAAGUCCAAGUUCAAUAUGGAGGAAAACCAUUCUAUACUAUGAUUGGAUUCAAACCUACUAUGGAACAAUGGUUUGGAGAUAGAUUGGUUAAAUAUAAUAAAAUUAGAAAUGAAACUGAUCCUGAUGGAGUAUUCUUAAGUGGUAAGAAUUGGCUUGUUAGAAAUGGUAUUUUAACCAAUUAA